AUGCCGCGACGCUCUCCUUCUCUCCCAUCUGCUGCUGCUGCUGCUGUUCGCCCUCAUCAUCGCUGGGCGCUGUGCUCGCUGUUGCCACCACUGUUGCUGUUGUUGUUGUUGGCAGGCUUCUGCCACCGACUCACACCACCACACCACCACAUCUCCAUCUCGCCACGUCCGUUCCACAACACCAAGGACCGCACGCUGUCCCCCUCCGUGGACACAACAUUGAGGCACCUGGAAACAACGCUCAAAGAGCAUCGCGUGCCGUUCGCCACUGGACAGUUGCGUCCACGAACCACUUCUUCCACCACGAUUGACCUGUCAUCGAUCCAACGCAUGAUGAACGCCUUUGGCGACGAACAGCGUGCUGGCCAGUGUACCCUGCAAAGCAUCACUGAUGGCUCGUGCGCUGGAGCCUUGGAGCUGACACCCAUGGUGCACUGUUCCUCUCGGUUUCUGGCCACGAAGCACGUGGGUGAAGAAUUGACGCUGAGCGGCAACGUGCUGGUGUCAUCAUCGCUUCGCGCCAAGAUUACGGACUUUGGGUCCAUUUGCCAGUGCUUCACGCGUGACAGAAACCAGCAGCAGCGCACAAGUCUCUCCUCAACUGCAAGCGAUGACCCUCAGUACAGCCAGCAAGCUGGACUGCAAACGAUGACGAGCACGACGCUGACGGCUGGCGUGGGGACAUCGCUGUACAUGGCGCCAGAGGCACUGACGGGCGACAAGUACAGCUUUGAAACCGACAUCUUCAGCUUUGGCGUGCUGAUGUGGGAGGUGGCGACGCAGCGACCACCUGAUCUGAUCGAGCAGGAGAAGGGCAGCGGGUAUCGUGGCCCAAUCCUCGCCACCAUCAGCAACCUGAUGAAGGAUGGGAAGCGGCUGCGAUUUGAUGAUGGUGAAGAAGAUGCCAUCCCCGAGUGGUUCCAGUCGCUGACGUACAAGUGCAUGGCGCAGGACCCGCGUGAGCGUCCAUCAUUUGGAGACCUCAAGGACCACCACUUUGCUUGA